CAAGUCCUCCAGGAUUAUCUCAAAGUCGCAACCCAUGUUCUGCCCAACGACGUCAAACUCUUAAAGCCAACUCUAUGGCAUUCCGACCUGCAUACUGAUAACAUCUUCGUUGACCCUUUUCAACCGACAAAAGUCCUCAACAUCAUCGACUGGCAAGCGGCUAAUGUCUCCCCACUCUUCCUUCAAGCACGCCAUCCUUCAUUCACCAAGUUUGAAGGGCCAAUACCAGAAGGCGUGAAGCCCAUCCCACAUCCUGAUAAUUUCGAAGAUAUGGACGAGGAGGCACAAUAUCAAGCCAAGAAUCUCCGGGCUGCUCAGUCUGUCUAUAAGCCCUAUGGAAUCUAUAUACAUGCUCGAGCAAUGUCCGGAGAUUGCUCAUGCGCUGCGAUUUCAAGACAAUCUGGCUGGUAA